AUGUUCCUCUUCUCUGCCAAGCACAAGACCCCCAUCAGCACUUACACUGACUCCUAUCGCCCCCCAUACUCUGUCAAACAUGCUGUCUCUGACCGGAGGCUGCUGGAGACCUGGAAAGAGAACAAGUUCGUGACACAGGGAUUAACGAUGCCUCCAGGACCAAGCUCAACAAUCCAAGCUCCGCCCGAUCUGAGGGCAGCUAUGCGGGAGUACUACAAGAGCAGCAUGUACCCCACUGCCUACAGUCCUGGGAACUUCACAUCCAAAGGUACUGACAAGAAGUACAAGCCAGUUUUUGUCAAUGAAGACAAAUACGUGUCCUGGAGAACAAGUCCAAGCACUACAGCCUGGACUAUGGAACCUUCUUACCUCCCUCUCCUGCCCAAGGAGACAGGGAUGAACACCUGGCUGUACAGCAUACCCGUGAUGUGCCCCCUGAGACCCACCUGCCUCAAUCAGUAUGAGAAGGCGGUGGUUGCUGACAUGAUGCACAGGGUGCCAGUGUACACCGUGGCAGGGAGGAUACCCUUCCAGAGCUACUACUACCCCUGCUCUGGGCGCCACUGCUGCCUGCGAGGGAUUGACUGCUACCUUGAUGGGAUACCUAUCACCAGAAAGAAACUCUUUGCACUAGAGGGGAACGUUGUAAGGUGGGACACAGGCUUCUUCACAAACACAGCAGGAGUCCAGAGAUCCAGCUACACCAUCCACCCUGAUUUUGUGUCCGAGGGUCUGUACCUUCCUGCCUAUUGA